CGAGUCAUAUAAUAAACCUCUUAACGUGGUUGUUUGGUUCACGAGCGCCCUCAUUCUUAACGCUUCAUUAGUCAUUUUGGCAAAGCGAUAUUGAGCAGGGUGAGUGCUGCAGUUGUGCUAGUGUGUUUUGCGUAAAUAGUCAGUUGUUGGGUUGGUGUCAAAAGCCCUCCUUCAAACUGCAACAAUGGCCACCACCAAGGUUUACAUAAUUUACUAUUCCUUGUAUGGACAUGUGGAGAUCAUGGCACGGGAAGUACAGCGAGGAGCUAAUACGGUUCAAGGGGUUGAAGCCACACUUUGGCAGGUACCUGAAACACUCCCUGACCAAGUAUUGGAAAAGAUGAAGGCCCCUCCUAAAGCGAACGAAGUAGCAGAGAUUAGUCCUGAACAACUUGUAGAGGCGGAUGGUUUUAUCUUUGGCUUUCCUUCUCGAUUCGGCAUGAUGGCAGCUCAAUGUAAGGCCUUCUUUGAUGCCACCCAUGAGUUAUGGGAGACCCAAGCACUUGCUGGCAAACCUGCUGGAAUCUUCUGGAGUACUGGUUUCCACGGUGGAGGCCAAGAGCUUACUGCCCUAACAGCCGUAACACAGUUAGCACAUCACGGCAUGAUAUAUGUCCCUCUCGGAUACACCUUUGGAAGCGGAAUGUUUGAGAUGAAUGAGGUUAAGGGUGGAUCUGCAUAUGGUGCUGGAACUUAUGCAGCGGAUGGAUAUCGCCAGCCCACUGAGCUAGAACUCCAACAAGCCUUUCAUCAGGGACUCUAAAAUAAGUUGGCUGUUGGAAGAUGAGAAAGUGACAGUGUAGGAGAUACAAUAUUGAAAGUACAUUUGAAGUACCAAAUUUGCAAUUCAGCUAGAAGAGUUGUGGGAUUAAAUUCUCGACGAUAAAAGAAGUGCUUAUAUAAGAUUUGGGAAAAUAGCAUGUAAGAAGUUGAUCAACUGAAAGCACUUUGAUUCCUGCUGAACUGUAAUGCAAAACAGGUAGUUUUGAGAUCCCUAAGAUAGGCCUUCUUAUAAUGCAUGUGCCCCAUCUAGACUCUGGGAACACAAUUCUAUAAAUGCAUAUUAAAAUGGGAUGACUGAAAAACCAAACAAACAUUUGUCUUAAAAUGAAUAAAAUGAGUAGGACCUGUUUGAAAGUUCAGUUGAAUUGAGUAAGGGCUUCGUUCACUUUUUGCAUAGCAUUUUAAUGUGAAAAUUUAUAGUUUUGAAUGGAUUCGUUUGGAUUUACUUGGGAUUUCAAGAAACUUUAAUUGAAUUUCGUCAUUUCAAAUAAUUCUAAAUAUGUCCAUGUGAGAACAAAUAUAAUAAAGAUCCUAUUAUUUAUUUAUUUAUUUUUUAAAUUGUUCAAUUUCUAAGAUGAUAAGUUUAUAUACUACAACACAUUCACAAACCCAAAAUGGGGUUGCAAAAUGAGAGGAGGAAUGCUUACAUCACAUUAUUAGCUUUACUCAUUUUAAUUCCAAAAGUCUUAUUAUCUAGAGAAACAUAACCUAAGUUUCUGAAUGAUAAAUCAGUAAAUGUAGGAAACAUUAUUCCAUGAACUUACUCUCACAUGCAUGACCUAGACUCUAUGCUCCUGCAUUCCGGUUCCAAGAAAUUUCUCCCUGAUGGAAAGCAGUUCAAUAGAAACUUGUCUCACAUUCAUUCUCUCUUGUAGUAAUUCAGCUGAACAUGCAACUGCAAGUUGAAAAAUAGAAAUCAAACACUGUAUGUCUACUUCUGCAUUUGCUUCCCAAUCUGUCCACUGAUGUGUGUAAUUUUAUCACUCACAAUAGCACAAAUCUUUGUAGAAUAGAACUAUAUUAAGGAUGUCAAUCCCACAAUGAGAUGAGUGUUUACUAUAAUAUCCAAUUAACCCAGGCUUUUGAUUUAGAGAAUAAGGAUUGUUUGAUUGGUUGUUUGUCACGAACAUAAAAUAAAAUAAAACUAAAUUAAAGCAAAGAGAUUAGAGAGAGAAAGUCUUAAGGAUUGAAUUCACCACGAACUUUGUAUUAUGGUCAACCGUUCAACCUUGGAAUUUCAACAAUUUAUGUAUCAUAUGAAUUAAACUCAAUAAUAUUCAUUUAAUUCGGUUUUAAAGAAAGAUGUUUCAUGAAUUUCAACUAACUAUAUAACCUAUCUUCGGUUAGCAUGAUCUCUAUUCUUAACGUCAAAAAGCCCUUAUGCCGCCAUCUCGUACAUUGAGAGUAGGUUGAGAAUAAUUAAAGAACAAUUAAAUCUAAGACAAGGUAUUAAUUAUUCAAAAAACUAUUAUUUCAUAAAACACCAAUUGAUAUUACUGAAUUGCUCAUAAUCAUGCAAUCAAAAUACAUAAAUUAUUAAAUUCCCAAAGUUAAAACAAUCGAACCAUAAUACUCAAAUCGGGUUACAUCAAUGCCCUAAGAGAGGAAUUAACUACUCAUGAUGACGCAAGAUAUCAUCUGUGUUGUCGUGGUUUUCAUCAUCAUGGACUGCAUUUCUCUUCUUUGGAUCUUCACUUUUUUCUAACUACAGAAACCCUAAAAACCACCAUUAGAUCUAAAACAGAAAACUGAGAUAAAAAUUGAACUAAAACUAGGAGAGAGUUUUUCUGUGGCCUUAUGCCUCCUUUUAUAGAAGAAUUAACUUCUAUUAAGGUGUGAACAGGCUUUUAGGUCUUCUGGGAUGAUUUGGGCCCAUUUAGGAUGAAAUAUGACAUAACUAGAACAAAUCCCGCAACUUAAAGUUCUGACUUAUCUUCAAUGGCUCGAGCCUAGAAGCCUCGGCUCGAGCUAUUUGGUCAAUGGCUUGAGCUAUAUGGAAGGGUGCUUGAGCCCUAACUUCUAUACUUAGCCAAAUUUCUUCAAAUAUUUUCCGAAGCGUCUUUUUCAUCAACACUUAGAAUAUUUUUGAAUUUCUUCUUUAAUAGUGCUCGAUCCCUCCUUCAUGGUGCUCGAGCGUUGGGUUUCUGGCUCGAGCUUUUUGGCAAUGGCUCGAGCUAUUUGACUUUUGGCUCAAGCUCUUGAGUCUUGGCUCGAGGCCCUGGCAACAUGGAUUUUCUUGAAGCAACUUUUCAUAUUCCGACGCAUCCUGCUCAAGCUUUUUGGCAAUGGCUCGAGCACCUAGAGGUUCGGCUCGAGCUAUUUUGCCUUAGUAGGUUUUCUUGCUUCUUGCUGUUGUGCUCGAGCCAAUGGACUUAGACUCGAGCUGUGGCACUUGAAUUCUUCCAAUAUUCACCAUUUUGACUCCAAGCUUGCUUCGGAUGAUCGACAACGACUCCGUAAGCUUUGAUAUCAAUCUUUUCAUCUUAAAGUCCCGGUUUUAGCCGUUUCUUUGGGAAAGUACAUACAAACACGAAAUAAACACAAAUCAGUCUAACACCGGAUAAAAGUAUCACUUUAGGUCCUAACAAACGUAUAUUUAAGGGCUCGAAUAUGCAAUAUUCAGCGCUUAUCAUCCAUUCACAUUCAGCUCCAUUUUCAUGCACUUCUAGCUCUACAUGUAAAAAACUGAUUUAUCCACAAUAUCCAUUACCCCGCUCGGCAAUGAAAGUUUGACGAAGUUGUGUAGGUUAAGAUCAUCUUUAAAUAGUUCAUCAGUAGGUCGUCUUCCAGUGAACAUCUCCAACAAGAGUUCCAUAACUGUACACAUCUCCUUGAGUUGACACCUCGCUACCCAUUCUAUACCCUGCAUAGUUCAUAAUAUUCUAUUAUUACUGUAAUGCUUGAUGACACAGCUAUUUAUAAUUGGUAUUUCUAAUUGAGAAGGAGGGCUUCGGAUUUUCAUGCGACAUAUGAAGCUUUAGAUUUGAUGAACAUAUAGAUAGGACUUGAUGAUGGUGUUACUGGUGAAUAAUCUAUAUUGUUUUUCUGUAACUAGUGACACAAGUGUCCUUGUUUACUGAAUAUAUUUAGACUUGUCAAAUUAAGAAAAUGCUCCUUUAUAGCCACUAGUAAAACUAAAACUUCUCUAAAAUGUAUGA